AUGGAAAACUUGGAUCUAAAUUCUAAUAUCGAUGAUCGCAAUCUCCAACUCUCCUAAUUAGUUUUAUAAUAGAAAAGGGAAAAAAUUGUUUUACAAAAAAAAAUUGUAGCUUUAGAGAAAUAAAAUAAGUAUUUUAUACUAUUGAUUAGAAUAUUAACGCAACAAAUGGAAUAAUUUAAAAAUGAAAAGGAAGAAUAAGCUCUAUAAAUUAAGUAACUCAAAGAAUAUAUUGCAAAGCAAGACUCAGUGACAAGUAAAUUAAAUGUAUUGAUGUAACUAAUUUUGAUAAUGAAGAAAAAAGUUGCUUUAGAGAGAUGAAGAAAAUCAAUUACAUGAUCAUUCAUUAAGUGCUCCUAAGACUGAUGCUAAAUCUAAUAAAUAUGAGAAUUAAGAAAAAAAGAAAAAAGAUAAAUAGUAAAAGAAUAUUUUAAUUAUUCUUUAGGUAUUUGGAAGAAUAAUAAAAAUUAGAUCUCAAUGAAUAAAUUAUUGCUCAAUAUAAAAAACAAUCUGUAAAAGAUCAAUCCAUUUCAAGUAAGCUACCUCCUAUUGAAGAUACAAAGAAUAAACCAAUAAUUGUAUAAGUUCCAAAAAGCUAAUUAAAGAAAAUUAAUCCUUAAUUCUUAAUUGAACAAUUGCAAAAAGAAUGA